AUGGCUGAUAUCGACAUCAUGACCAACGAGUCCAUUCUGGACGAAGCUCUUCUUACAACAGAGUCUCCCGUCAUUGACUCAACAGACUUGAUCGUACUUAUUUCCCUACUCCUCGGAGCAAUUGUAUACUUAUCAAAUGGCAAAAUACGAAACCUCUUCUUCCCCAAGCCCACCACCUCUUCAGAAACAACAGCUUCAAAAGAAGACAGUCUUCGAAGCAUCUCUCACAUCUGCAACACCACCGGAAAGAACUGCAUCAUAUUCUACGGCUCACAGACCGGCACCGCAGAAAACUACGCUCAAAAGCUAGCAAGAGAAGCUAGUUCACGCUAUGGCCUCGAUCCCAUGGUCGCUGAUCUCGAGGAGUAUGACUACAAUGAUCUUUCUGAACUCUCAGAGCAGGUCGUUCUGAUGUUUGUCCUCGCUACGUACGGCGAGGGUGAACCUACAGAUAACGCUCAAGACUUUUAUACUUAUAUCACUGGCGGUGAAGAUGGGGACCAACCUGAUGUUGAUCUUCAGAAUGUCAAGUAUGUUGCCUUCGGUCUGGGAAACAGCACUUAUGAGCAUUACAAUGCUAUGGUGAGACGUGUUUCUAAGGCGCUGGAUGGACUUGGUGCGAAGAAUCUUGCUAGUGUUGGUGAAGCUGAUGAUGCGGCUGGGACGACUGAAGAGGACUUUUUGGCGUGGAAGCAGGAUAUGUGGCCGAAGCUUGUUCAAGAGUUUGGUCUGCAGGAGAGAGAUGUUGCUUACGAGUCGACGUUCGGUGUUUUGGAAAGAGAUGAUUUGAGUGAGAGUUCACCUGGUGUUUUCCUCGGUGAAGCAAACGCGGAUCAUCUCGAAACCAGCUCUGGGAACCGUCAGUUCAGCAACACGAAUCCUUACAUCGCCAAGAUCAACGAGUCUCGAGAAAUAUUCACUUCCAAGGAUCGAAACUGCAUUCACAUGGAGAUCGAUCUCGGUGACUCAGGUCUGUCUUACGAAACAGGUGAUCACGUCGCUAUCUGGCCUACCAACUCAGAAGAUCAAGUCACCCAACUUCUCAACAUUCUUGGACUCUCUGAGAAGAAAGAUAAGGUUAUUUCCAUCGUCAGUCGGGAAUCAACAGCAAAGUCACCUGUUCCUACACCAACUACCUAUGCUACUGCCUUGCGAUAUUACCUUGAGAUCGCUGGACCUGUUUCUCGAGAGUUCAUCAACGUCAUCGCUGCUUUUGCACCUACCGAAGCCGCCAAGAGUGAAGCGACAAAGCUUGGUAGCGACAAGGUGUAUUUCCAUGAGAAGAUCAGCCAGAAAUUCCUUUCACUUGCACAAGUAUUAAGCAUGCUCAGCGGCGGUCAACCGUGGACCAAGGUUCCUUUCUCAGCUAUAGUCGAAGGUUUGAGUAAACUUCAACCUCGAUACUACUCCAUUUCCUCCUCAUCUCUCGUUCAACCAUCUCUCGUUUCUAUCACUGCCGCCGUUGAAUCAGCCGAGAUCCAGGGACGACCUGAUGUCUUCAAAGGCGUUACUACAAACUACCUUCUUUCUCUCAAACAAGCUCAGAACCAGGAAUCCCACUCACAAGAGUAUCUACUCAAUGGACCUCGUGGAAAUUAUGCUGGCUUCAAAACACCAAUACAUCUGCGCAAGUCUAACUUUAAGCUCCCCAAGGAUUCAUCUCGACCUGUUAUCAUGAUCGGUCCGGGAACAGGUGUUGCGCCUUUUAGGGGCUUUUUGCAGGAGCGAGCUGCGUUGAAGAAGCAGGGUAAGAAUGUUGGAAAGAGCUUGUUGUUCUUUGGAUGUCGCCGACGGGAUGAAGAUUACCUUUAUGAAUCAGAGUGGCAGCAACACAAGGAAACUCUGGGCGACAGUUUCGACAUCCACGUUGCGUUCUCAAGAGAGACGAAGCAAAAGGUCUACGUACAGCACCUCAUCAAGACUCACGCCAAGGAUGUGAUAGACAUGAUUGACAACGGUGCGAUUGUCUAUGUUUGCGGCGAUGCAAAGCAUAUGGCGCGUGAUGUCAACUCAACCCUCAUCUCUAUCUGGGCCGAGCAGCGCAACAUUUCACUUGAGAGCGCGACUGAGAGGGUAAAGGGUCUAAGGGACACUGCAAGAUAUCAGGAGGAUAUCUGGUAG